UUCCCCCCGCCUUUGUUGAAUGAGAAGGACGCCGCCGGAUCAACAUGAGCACCAGCACAGUUCCUUUUCAACAAAAUCCAUACGGCUCUGGAGGCCGUCCUACAGUCAUCCAGUGCUAUCGCUGUGGAGAUACCUGUAAAGGGGAGGUGGUGCGUGUUCAAAGCAAUCACUUCCACAUCAGAUGCUUCACCUGCCAAGUGUGUGGUUGUGACCUAGCUCAGUCUGGUUUCUUCUUUAAAAAUGGAGACUACAUCUGCACCCAUGAUUAUCAACAGCUCUAUGGCACCCGCUGCGACAGUUGCCAGGACUUCAUCACUGGGGAGGUUAUUUCAGCCUUGGGCCGGACUUAUCACCCCAAAUGCUUUGUCUGCAGCAUGUGCAGAAAGCCAUUCCCUAUCGGAGACAAAGUUACUUUCAGUGGCAAGGACUGCGUUUGCCAAACCUGCUCCCAUUCUCUGAUCAGCAACAAACCCAUCAAGAUACAUGGACCAAGUCAAUGUGCAGGUUGCAAGGAGGAAAUCAAGCAAGGCCAGUCACUUCUUGCCCUCGAGAAACAGUGGCACGUCAGCUGCUUCAAGUGUCAAACCUGUGGAAUAAUCCUGACCGGAGAAUACAUUAGCAAGGAUGGCAUUCCAUACUGUGAAUCUGAUUACCACGCCCAGUUUGGCAUUAAGUGUGAAACCUGCAACCGGUACAUCAGCGGCAGGGUCCUGGAGGCAGGAGGAAAACAUUAUCACCCUACUUGUGCCCGAUGCGUGCGUUGCCACCAGAUGUUCACCGAAGGUGAAGAGAUGUACCUCACAGGCUCAGAGGUGUGGCACCCCAUCUGCAAACAAGCAGCAAGAGCGGAAAAGAAGUUAAAGCACAGAAGAACUUCAGAAACAUCCAUCUCCCCACCUGGUUCCAGCAUUGGUUCCCCAAAUCGUGUCAUCUGUGCUAAAGUGGAUAAUGAGAUCCUUAAUUACAAAGACCUGGCUGCUCUUCCCAAGAUUAAAGCCAUCUACGAGGUGCAACGCCCUGACCUCAUUUCCUAUGAGCCCUAUCACAGAUAUACGUCAGAUGAGACACUGGAGAGAUACAGCUAUGGGGAGUCUCUUGGAACUUUGUCUCCAUAUUCUCAGGAUAUUUAUGAUAGCAUGGAUAUCAGGCAGAGGCGAGCCUCCAGCCCAGGCUACAUUGAUUCCCCUACCUACAGCCGCCAAGGCAUGUCACCCACCAUCCCUCGCUCACCACAUCAUUAUUACCGCUCAGGAACAGAGAGCGGAUGCAGCUCCCCCUACUAUAGCCAGUUAGAUGUGAGGUCUUCCACACCAACAUCAUACCAGGCUCCUAGGCAUUUCCACAUUCCAGCUGCUGCAGAGAGUAACAUCUACCGGAAACCCCCCAUCUAUAAAAGACACGAUAACCAAUCUGCAGCUACGAAAAGUAAAACCAGCGAGGAUAUUGCCCAGUCCUCCAAAUACAGCCCAGCCUAUUCUCCGGAUCCAUAUUACCACUCAGAGACUGAGUACUGGACUUUCCAAGGGUCACCCAAAGCUCCCUUUCACAAGAACUGGGGAGGGGGGGGAGAAGAAGAUGGGUUUGAUCGAGGAAUGCACAAAGUUAGUGCCAACUGCAUCGGCAGGUUGAUAUUGAAGGAAGAAAUGAAGGCACGAUCCAAUUCCUAUGCAGACCCGUGGACACCACCCCGCAGCUCAACCGGCAGUAGAGAAGCUCUUCACACAACUGGCUAUGAGAGCUCCCUAAAUGGCUCUCCCCGGAUGCAUUACCUGGCUGACAGUGAUCCUCUCAUCAAAUCAGCCUCUCUUCCUGCUUACAGAAGAAAUGGGCUACACCGGCCGCCAAGUGCCGAACUCUUCCACUACGACAGCACAAAUGCCGUCAACUGGGGGGAUGCGAGGCAGGGGGAGUGUAUAAUGAAGUCUCCAAAGCAAGAGGGAAACUCAGUAUUUCUAGUUAACAGGGGAUGGGGCUUUGGCUCCCGUGCAGCUCACAGCCCUUUCCAAAGACCUAACCGAAACAUGAUAUACCCUUAUGAGCUGCUUCUGAUAACAACAAGGGGGAGAAACCGCUUACCCAAAGAUGUGGACAGAACUCGGUUAGAGCGCCACCUGUCGCCAGAAGAAUUUUACCAGGUGUUUGGCAUGACCGUUGCUGAGUUCGAUCGCCUAGCACUGUGGAAGAGAAAUGAGCUGAAGAAGCAGGCACGGCUGUUUUAAAAGCACUGCAUUAUAAAUAUAUACAUAUCUAUAAAUAUAUACAUAUAUAUAUUAUAUACUAUAUAUAUAUAUAUAUGUAUGUAUAGAAAGAUCUCUAUAUUGAAAUUCUGUAUAACUCUUUUUUGUUGUACAGUAGGAGCCCUCGGUGCUCUCUUUGGAAGCCUUUAGAGCGAAUUGAAGUCUCACAGAUAUUUUUA